AUGGGUUUUGCUUUCGAGGCGGAGCUCGUAGGGGUCAUGAUGGCUGUGGAUAUCGCUUUCUCUAAGGGAUGGCAUUCUCUCUGGAUUGAAUCAGAUUCAAUCUAUGUGGUGUCUCUUCUUCGAUCGAGAUCUAUGAUCGUGCCUUGGAACCACCGGAACAGAUGGCUGUACACAUUGCAUCUCAUCCGCCAGAUGAAUAUAGUUGUGACACAUAUCUUUCGGGAAGGAAAUCACGUUGCCGACGCAUUAGCCAAUGCUGCGGGAGAUUUGAAGUGGUGGAACUCUAUGCCCGAUUUCAUCAGUUCGGCAGUCUAUCGAGACAUUGCGGGCGUCUCUUUUUUUCGUUUCAUACACUGUUAG